GGGAGGGGAUACAAAACACGGACAAAAUUGUUCCUCAUAGGCAGUGUUUCCCCCAAGCAGUGUAUCAUUUACCACUGCGAACGGACCUGCAGCUGUGACCCGCUUGGAUGCACCGCGGGAGCUUUGGAAAGCUGGCAUUUCUGGACAGGGGAAGCCCGAGACAUUACAUGCGCUGUGUGUAAAAAUGCUCGACCCUCUCUCUCUGGAUUAAAACCUACUUUAGAAGAUUUUCUCUCGCCCAGCCUAACCAUGUUUAAAAUGAACGAAGACCGGGAGAGGGGUGUCGGCGAUAACCCGUGCAGUCCUUCGGGGACCGCCAGCUCCAUGUCCCAAGCUGAUCUGGACUCAGACGCGCCAUCCUCUCCGACGGAGUCCGAUGGACACGGGUCGGGCCAGCAGCUGUCCCGGGCCGAGAAGGUGGGCGGCGGGGACGAGGACGAGCGCUUCCCCGUGUGCAUCCGCGAGGCAGUGUCCCAGGUGUUGAAGGGGUACGACUGGUCGCUCGUGCCCAUGCCCAUGCGCGGCAGCCGCUCGCUGAAGGACAAGCCGCACGUCAAGAGACCGAUGAACGCGUUUAUGGUGUGGGCACAGGCCGCCCGGAGGAAACUAGCGGACCAGUACCCGCACCUGCACAAUGCCGAACUGAGCAAGACGCUGGGCAAGUUAUGGCGACUCCUGUCUGAAAAUGAGAAGAAGCCGUUCGUGGAGGAGGCCGAGAGGCUGAGGGUGCAGCACAAGAAGGAUCACCCGGACUACAAGUACCAGCCCCGGCGGCGAAAGAGCCUGAAGCCGGGACAGACGGACCCGGACGCGUCCUCCGAACUGGGCCAUUCGCACGGGGACCAGCUGUAUAAGGCCGAGGCGGGAGCGAGCGGCCUACAUCCAGGCCUCGGGAACCUGCAUCACCCGCACGACCACUCAGGUCAAACUCACGGUCCGCCCACGCCCCCCACCACACCCAAAGCCGACCCGAGCCACUGUGGGAAGCACGAUUUCAAACUCGAGGGGAGACGCGCACCGGAUGGCGGGCGUCAAAACAUCGACUUCAGCAACGUGGACAUAUCCGAGCUGAGCACUGACGUCAUCAGCAACAUAGAGACCUUUGACGUUCACGAGUUUGACCAGUAUCUGCCUCCGAACGGGAGCCACGGCUCAGCCGCGCUCUCGGACCAGCAGGGUCACGGGCAGAGCGCAGCAGCUGGUGGAGCGUUCGGUUCUUUCGGUCACACUUACGGCGGCGCCCCGUGGAGCCACAAGAGCGCGGGGUCAGCAGGGUGUGUUAACGGCAGUGACGCCGGCCAGGCGAGGCCACAAAUUAAGACGGAGCAACUGAGUCCACCGCGACAUUACACAGAACAGUCCGGCACUUCUUCAACGCACGCGGAGCUCGGUUCCUACAGCGCGCAGACGUGCUCCUCCACCACGGCCUCCUCUCUGCCCACCUCCUCGGCGGAUUACACUGACCUCCAGACCCCCAACUACUUCGCCGCCUACCCCGGCUAUCCCGCAGGGAUAUACCAGUACCCGUACUUCCACAGCUCCCGGCGGCCGUACGCCACGUCCAUCAUAAACAGCCUCUCCAUCCCCCCUGCGCAUGGCGGUUCCACGAACUGGGAACAGCCGGUGUAUACCACACUGACGAGGCCGUAGAGGACAUCUAGCGACACUCAUCUUCCGUGGACUCUGGUCUAACAGACACAACACAUAUAGUACUAGACGGACUAAACAGACAGUCAGUCAUGAACGUGAAGAUGAAGAAACUGUAAGAUUUUGUUUACACAUUAUGGUUUACAUGAUUUACGCAAAUACUCUAAGCGCGUUGCGCACAGGAGAAUGUGUUUUUACUCUCUAAACUGGCGUGUUUUUACUAAUUAACCAAUCAGUUGGUUCAAGUAGCCUAGCCAUAUUACUUGCAAAUGUUGUAACAAAACGGAUGUUUUUGUACAUUUUAUUACCAGUAACGAUACAAUUUUAACUGUUUUUAAAUGCCAUAUUAUGGCACAUUUCUUGACACACAACAGCCAUCGGAUUCCCUAUCAUUGCAAACAGACUGAAACUUGGUAAGGAUGGAUGAGAUCGUAUUUCUAUAUGGCCAAGGGACCGAAUGGACAAUGUCAGCUUGGGCCGCAGUGCCGGUUCAUCUGAUAUAUGUAUUUAGUUUGUUAUUGUUUUUUUAAAACAUUUGCGAAUUAAUGUUAGACAUGCAGGUGAGUCCUGCUUUAUUUCGACUGGAUUUAAAAUAUGCUGGCCGUAUGACAUCCUUCGAUUCUA